AUGCCAUUCAAGGACGACACGGCCUCAAUCAUCAGUGAUGCUGUUGGCAUUGCUGCCGCAGAAGGCGGAUUGGACGCCGCUUGCAAGGUGGUUGCCGUCAUCGAGGCCGUUGCCUAUGGUGUUAGCGUGGCACCGAGCGCCGAAGCGCAGGCGAGGCCGGGGCUUUCUAUCGAAGCCAUCUGCGAGCAAGCUCGCAACGCUGUGCCAGCCUCAUCCGAGAUGCGUCGUACAGGAGCCUUUGAGUUCGUUUUGGAAAGCAUUCGUGACGCUCUAUCUCAGAUUGAGACCUGGGAAGCUAACAGCAAUCUUUCUCCCGCCAUCGUCUAUACCGGCGCCCCGGUCGCAAACUCGGUUGCGAUGUUAUUGGAAUCCGGGUGCAGAUUGAACGCUGCUGAUAUAUGGUCUGAUGCCGCGGAAAGAGCUCAUGAUAGACUCCGUAGCACCAUUAUCAACACUAGCUACAGCACCCCACCACUCCCCGACCGUGCUACCAGCAGCCGCGCUGGCGGCGGUGAACUUCGAAACACCGACCCAGGUCCUGGGACCCCGAAGCGCUGCUGCAAACGGCCAGGCUGCGGGCGGCUAUUGGUGCGCUCAGAAAAUACGCCGAGAAUGCGCACGUCUUGGUGGCAUUAA